UGUAUAGUAUGUGUAGGAGAGAGAGAAAGAGAGAGGGAGUAUAAAUGUGAGAUUUGCUUGUUGGUGGGUUUAUAUAAAGGAGGAUAGGAUGUUGCAGUUCCCCACUCUUAAAGAUAGCUAGGUGAGGGGGUGCAAGAGAAGAGAAAGAGAAAGAGAUCAUCAAAUUGUUUUGCUUUCUGAGGAUUUAUUUGAUGGAGGAACAUCUCACUCCACUCGCUGUUACCCAUCUCCUUCAACACACUCUCAGAAGUUUGUGCAUCCAUGAAAAUUCCCAAUGGGUCUAUGCAGUUUUCUGGAGGAUCUUGCCCAGAAACUACCCUCCACCCAAGUGGGAAGGACAAGGGGCUUAUGAUAGAUCAAGAGGAAACAGAAGGAAUUGGAUACUGGUGUGGGAAGAUGGAUUCUGCAAUUUUGCUGCAUCAGCAGCUCCUGAAAUCAACUCUGGAGAUUGUCCCUCAUCGUCCGUUUAUGGGAACUGUGAAUUUCAACCCUACCAAGGACUGCAACCGGAACUCUUCUUCAAGAUGUCCCAUGAGAUCUACAACUAUGGAGAAGGGUUAAUAGGAAAAGUUGCUGCAGAUCACAGCCACAAGUGGAUAUACAAAGAGCCUAAUGAUCAAGAAAUCAACUUCUUGUCAGCAUGGCACAAUUCAGCAGAUUCGCACCCUAGGACUUGGGAAGCCCAGUUCCUGUCUGGUAUAAAGACCAUAGCUCUUAUUGCUGUGAGAGAAGGUGUUGUUCAAUUAGGAGCUGUUCACAAGGUGAUUGAAGACCUGAGCUAUGUGGUUCUUCUGAGAAAAAAAUUCAGCUACAUUGAAAGCAUCCCUGGUGUGCUGUUGCCUCAUCCAUCAUCUUCUGCAUACCCUUACAAAGUAGAAGGAGGGUAUGCAGUUCCAGAACAAUGGCAUUUCCAAGGGAACCAUCUUGCACCUCAAGCUGAGUUAUAUGAGAACAACCACUUCAACUUGCCACUGAAGAUAACUCCCUCCAUGAGCAGCCUCGAAGCACUUCUGUCAAAGCUUCCCUCGGUGGUGCCACCACCACAUCCAACACAACCACCACAGUCCCAUCAUCAUCAUCAUCAUCAUCAACUUCUGGCAUCACCACAGCAAAGGCCACUGGAGUUCAUGGGAUCAAUGCAGAAAGUGGCAAAAGAAGAGUUGGAAGAAGAGGUAUACAGACCAGAACUCGACAUUGGUGAGAGCAGCACUUCCAUGUCAGGGUACCACCACCAUCAACAUCAUUUUCACCAAGAUCAGAAUAAUGUAACUAGGAGUGGAGCCAACGAUGGAUUUUGAGUUUCACUUUGCAAAAACACAUGGAAACAAUAUCGUAUCACUCGCAUUAAUGAAAAUUUAGUCCUAAUUAUCAACUCCUAACAUUGAUUGUAGCCGGUGUUUAGCUUCAUUGUCAUUGUUAUAAUAAUAAAAACAAUAAUCAUAAUGAUAAUAGGAUAACAAGAUAAUAAGCAUGAUGAUGAUGAUGUUUUAGCUUCGCUAUUUUGUGAUUGUUGGUAGUGAGAAAGGAAGUUGUGUUUCAUGCAUGCGUGUGCAUAUCUGCAGCUGCUGAUCAUGAUGUGUCUGUCAGUCGGUGGGCGUGUGUAUGGGUUCGUAGCACGUAGUCACACACAGCGAAUCUAGCACAAUAUUGUACUUAGAAAUCAACUGUUACAGUUGUUUAAGUAUGUUAAGUGUUGCAAGUAAUAAUAUAAUACCAUAUAUUUUGUUU